GGAUCUGGCGCGAUCAGAACAGGAACUCCACGCGAAUUAGUGCAAACUUUGAGCUGUUCCUGAAGCGUCACUUUUAACUAAAAGCAAAACUCUUCCGAGAAACAACCUGUCAGUCUCAUUUCCGCUUGUCAGCGCCGUGCAGAAGUUACUCGUUCUGGAGGAUUCCUGGCUUUAUUUUAGCUUCAGCAGCAAAUAAAAUAAAAAGGAAAAGAUCCAGGAUGCUGCGGAAGAACUUUAAGGCCUGGAGCAACGGGUCGGAGGCUUACAGCAGCGAUCCCGAUGAGGAGGAGGAGGAGGAGGAAGAGGACAUGGUGUUCGGCGAGAGCGACCAGGAUGGCGUGGCGGACGAGAUGAUGGACCUGAGCGACCUUCCCACCGCACUCUUCGCAUGCAGCGUCCAUGACACUGUGUUUGAGGAGGACAUGCACAGGGAGAGGUUUGAAGCGCUCUUCAGGAUCUAUGAUGACCAGGUCACUUUCCAGUUGUUCAAAAGCUUCAGGAGAGUCCGGAUCAACUUCAGCACCCCCGAGGCGGCGGCCCGCGCCCGCAUCGAGCUGCACGAGUCCGAGUUCAACGGCAAGAAGCUAAAACUCUACUUCGCUCAGAUCCAGAACGGCGAUGAAGACAUCGACAAGUCAUAUCUGGCUCCUCCCCAGCCGGUCAAACAGUUCCUGAUCUCUCCACCCGCCUCUCCGCCUGUCGGCUGGAGUCAGAGCGAAGACGCCACGCCCGUCAUCAACUAUGACCUGCUGUGUGCUGUGGCUAAGCUAGGACCUGGUGAAAAGUACGAGCUCCACGCGGGGACAGAGUCCACCCCCAGCGUGGUCGUCCACGUGUGCGAGAGUGAGACGGAGGAGGACGAGGCGGUGCGGCCGAAGCAGCAGAUCGUCCAGACCAGACGUCCCGACGGGCCUCCCGCCGUCUUCAACUAAACGGGGGGACGGUGGGGGAAUCCUCCGCCCCGACCCCGCCUCCUCGGCCUCCCGACUGCGGCGCGGCGUCCGCACCCUUUAAAAAGCCCGUGACACACCUGCCCCCCCCUCCCUCCUCUCUCUCUCUCUCGUCUCUGCACUCACAGAGAGCGUCGACGCCCCUCAUUUCAGUUCAACUACAAGCUAAAAACAAAAACAUUGCUUCGAACGACGGUGUUUUUGGAGGAGCGCGGCGAUGGAAUGAGGCGGCCGGAAGGGAAUGGAUGACACACAAACACUCAUCACAUUCUGCGGACAGCGUGGGCAGCGGCGGCUUGGCCUCCCACCCACCAAACCCCCCACCCCCUCAGUUUUCAGCAACAAGGGGGGGGGGCAAACGUACCUGUCCGAACACAGGCACCUGUCACGUAUCACUCCCAGCUGUCAUUGCUGCUCGUCCCUCACCUCUUCCCUUCAUUUGUACAACGAUCACCCCAGACAUUUUGUUUUUCCUUUCAAGAUAUAUUAGACUUUCUUUUUCAAAUCUGCUGUCUUGCAUCAGGACCGAGUGUGUGAUGCUGCCGCUCUUCUCUGCAUGUAUAUACUCUGUUAUGAAAAAUAUGUACUGAAACACAAAUACUAACAAGUCAUACGAAGAAAAUGAAACCUAUUUAACGUCACACACCGCACGAAGCGCCAUACGUGACUAACAAAGAUGCGCUGGUUGUUUGACUUUCUUUAUUUCUGCUUCUUCUUUUGUCUUCUUUUUUUUUGAAAGGUGUUUUUUGCUAACUAGAUGUGUAUGCAUACUCUGUAUUUGAUAACCCAACGAUUUUUGCAUGCCUAGUUACUUCUGGAGACGAGAAGCCGAAGCUUUUUUGCUAUUGUUCGUGAUGGCAGGGAAUUGGUGUUGGCGGCGAGUUUUGCUAAAACGUGAUGGAUUGGAAAACAGUUCAUCCCUCCUAUUCUUAAAAGAGUUUGUGAUAUUUGUCUCUCUUUUUUUUAAAUUGUAUUUUCACAUCCCUUUCAUUUGCUUUCAGCAGUUUGUCAGGUUUUCUGACCAACUGCUUGUUUUGCACUGAGAAUUUCUCUCUCUGUGAAUUGAAACGUGCUGUAAAUAUGUCAAAAUGGUUUCUCUGGUUCUUUUUGCAGCCGACUGAUGCGGGGGAGAAAAGAAAAAACAUGAAAUGAACCGACCAAAGCAUUUAUUCGCAAAUGGAUUCUUAGUGUUUUUUUGCAUUUUCUCACCUGCUUGUUUAACCAGAUGAAGAAACAUGAUUAACUGCUUGUAACAGGUGUCUGAAUCUUACGUCAUUUGGCAGCUUUAAAUCUAUUUGUUUGGCUGCAAAGCAUUAAGAAAAAGAUAUGUCUGUGUGUAUGCAAGUGUGAGUUUCUUCUUUAUUUGAGGCAAAGCUUUUAUCUCAAGCUCAGCACCUGGUCAGCCUUUUUCACCAGCACAUUAUAUUGCAGUGAGUGAAACACUCCAGUGAACCCUUUAGGCCUUUUGGAUCUAUAGGAGCGAGCUGCUGGGAUGCAUGUUCACCUGAGGUUUGGCGGAAAGCAGGACGGCGCAGCAGAUGGAAUUAAAAAAAAUAUAUCUACUCUGUGUUUUUGUUUGUUCUAAGCGUCUGUGUCUCUGAGAAACGGCGCUCUGACAGAGUGAACUUUUUACUGGAGCCGAUACAUUUUGAUGGUUUAAAAGAAAACGCAGCAGCAGAGCAUGAGGAAACACAUUUCUUUUUAUUUUUUACUCUGUAAUCAUGGAGAUUUAAACUGGUGCACUUUGGUCACAGUUGAGAAGAAGAUAUAUAUUUAUGUACAUAUGCCAAGUGUUUUGUUUCUUUUCUUGCUGAGGCUGACCUCUCAGUGUGCAGUUUGUUACAGCUUUUCCUUGGCUUUGUUGUAAUGGGGAGAAAAAAAACGUUAAAAAGAAAAACAACAAAAAACCACAUGUAUCUUGAAGAUGCUCGAUCAAAACCAACUGUCUUGGUGUUGUUGUUCGACAUUGACUCGGUUUGAAUGUUUCAUUUACUUCUGGGGAACUUAAAUAGCUCAAUAAUACCGUUAAUACUGUCACUGUUGUAACGUUUCUGUUGAGAUCUGAAUAUCGUGUCUGAAUAUCGUAGAAAUCCAGAAAACAACAUAGCAAAAACAAGCAAUAAUUUACACUUGUAUGAUACCAGUAUGUGUAUUUUACAUGUUCUGUACCUAUUUCUCAGACAUGGUCUCUCUGUCUCUGACAGUUAUCUGCUUCUGUUUGUGUAGUAAGGAAGUCCAUUUGUUUCACAUAGAGAAAUACAUAAAGACUCAUUUUUAAAAGCCA